AUGCCGAUUGAAAUCUAUAUUGACUCCGCUGAAAGUUCGAAUGUGGUGAAGUUGACGGAGAUUACCGGGAAUAUAGUUAGAGGGGCACACUUGCCACAUUACCAAAAUUAUGAACUGACCACUGCAACAGACAAGUCACAGUAUCAUACUUAUGUGCUAACCACAGCAACAGACGGGCCACAGUUUACUACUCAUGGUCUGACCACUGGAACCGACGGGAUUCAAUACUAUAAUUAUGAACUGACCACUGCAACAGACGAGCCCCAGUAUUAUACUUAUGGGCUGACCACUGAAACAGACGGGAUUCAAUAUUAUAAUUAUGAACUGAAAACAGCAUUAAACGAGCAACAUUAUCAUACUUAUGGGCUGACCACUGCAACAGACGAGCCACAGUAUCAUACUUAUGGGCUGACCACUGAAACAGACGGGAUUCAAUAUCAUAAUUAUGAACUGACCACAACGAGCCACAUUAUUAUAUUUGUGCUGACCACUGCAACAGACGGGCCACAGUAUCUUACUUAUGUGCUGACCACUGCAAAAGACGGGCCACAGUAUCUUACUUAUGUGCUGACCACUGCAAAAGACGGGCCACAUUAUCAUACUUACGGACUGACCCCUGCAACAGGCGGGCCACAUUAUCAUACUUAUGGUCUGACCCCUGCAACAGACGGGCCACAGUAUCAUACUUUUUAA